AUGUCCUCCGGUAUCCAUAAGUGCUCUCAUUACGAAGGCUCGAAAAUCCGACCUAGGCUGCAGGACAUCUCCAUGCCACAAAUGAACGGCAUGGACGCGACCCGCCAAAUCCAGGCAACCAAAUGCGAGCUAGGCCUCAACUCAGCGGAAGUCAUUGCUCUCACUGGACUCGCGAACGCGCAGGCUCACCAGGACGCAUUCUGA